AUGCGUUACUAUCAGUCAGCGAGAUACUCCAUUAGUUCCAGUUUAACUCCUACGGAAAAAUUGAACAUGGCGGAGUCGAACCCUAUUCUCGUUGGACUUUUCAGUGCAAUUUCAGUCGGUCUUUUCGGGAUCAUUUUCCUCGUGUACAAAUUAAGAAUCUUGCAUAGGUACAUUUACAAGGUAAAACAAUUUUCUUUGUCUUCUUUAGUGUAAAGGUAAAAAUCUUUUGAUCAGCUAGAUGUAUACGUCACAUGACUGCUAAAAUUUUGCAAUCGUUUUUCAAUACUUUCAAAAAUUUGGAUUUAUGAGUUAGAAAUUCUUAUGCUGAGUUUUAAGAAGAUCCUUCUGCCUCUGAGUUGGUACGAUCUCCGCACAGCCCCAUUCUUUAUCAUGGAUACAGUUCUUGGAUAUAGAAAACAAUGUAGAUUGCCUCUGACACUUCGAUUUGGUUUCAAAAUAGUGUGGGGCUGUGCAAAAAUCUUAACCUUGAGUCUCUUAAAGGAGUUAUCACAUAUACCUAGACAUGUGUAUAUCUAGAUAAGAAAGAAUGAUCCUGAAAUCAUUCAGGAAAUUUCUGCGUUUCUUUUCCUCAUUCCAAAUUGGGGGGGGGGGACAGGGGGGUUACUCUUGAAAACGAGAAGUUGUACAUCUUCCAACUUUUCUUUUAAUCAAAUUUAUUUCAACAAGAGACUGAGGCAUUUAAAACCAGGAACUGGGUCCUUAAAUAAAAGUAAGAGAUCAAGCUUGGAGAACGUGUGCAGGGCACUGCUCGCAGGAUUGCAAUAGCAUUUACCCAAUUUAGUUUUUCCUAAAUGAGAGUCAGUAAGAGGCUUUAGGCUCAAACCAUUUGAAGCUGUUUACAUUGAUUAUACAUUCUCUAUUGUUCUGAGGGCUUCUUAAAAUGUUUAUGAUAAGUAGCAUCAUUAUUGUCAUUGUUAUUAUGCAAAAUCAGAUCAAUCCUUGCACUCAAAAGAUCUCAAUAUAAAUAUCAAAUCUACUUACUGUCUCUGAUACAAUUUUUAUGAAUUUAUUUUUAUCAAACAAUAUGUGACCCUCCAUGGGAAAACAGACACUAACGCUUUUCCAUUUAAACUGCGAAGCCGUUUACUAUCCAUUUAAACAGUUCAUGAAAAUGUUUUUGCUUUGAGAUAACUCUCCGUUGUCGCUUGGAAAGUUUUUCUGCAAAAGAUCUCAACUCAACCACAACCGUUUAGUAUUAAUUUUUAGCACUCUGUUUGCUGAUUUUGGUCAGCCAUUUCUCAGUUUAAGCCAUCUGUUUUUGGGCUUUGGUCAACUGUUUUGCGUUUCGAGCUAACCAUUUUUAUUUUUGGUAAACCAUUUAACAGUUUGAGCUAUCUGUUUUUUGGACUUUGGUAAACUGUUUAACAUUUUGUGCUAUUGGUUUUUAUUUUUGGUCAACUGUCAGCGGUUAUGGAAACCGUUUAAAUGCUUGAGUUAGCUGUUUAGUAUCCAUUUAAAACUGUUUUUCUAGACUGUUUAAUGGAAAAGCGUUAGUGUCUGUUUACCCAUGGAGGGUCACAUAUUCCCAAAGGCCCAGUUUAGACGCCAAACCUCAGCCGAGCCGAAUCAAACUCGACAAAUUAAGUUCAUGUGAAGCAUGGUGUCUGAAUCAAUUCAGAAUGGCUGAUUUAAUUUAGAUUGGCUCAGUCAAUAAUUGACUCAGUAAUAAUAAUUAAUCAAUAAUUAAUCAGUCAAUAAUUAUUAAUCCCGGUUUAAGACGGUUUGCAUUCUUCUUCUUUUUCUUCUUCCUAUUCUUUUUGCACUGUUUUCCAGCAUUUUGAACAGGAGAGAGGCUCUUGCUCGCAGAUUGCUGCUGCAAUCCAUGACGUCUGCCAUGUUUACAAUUGUUUGCAAAACCAAUGACUGACUAUUAAUUUUCUUCAAUUAAUUAAUUUUGGCUGAGUGAAGUUCAGUGUUUGAAUCAAUUCAGCCAGGAUUAACUGAUGUAGGCCAGCCUAUCAUUGAAUUUGAUUUGGUGCGGCUAUUAAGUACAGCGUCUGAACCAGGCCUAAUUAAUUAAUUUAUUUCUUCCAUUCAUCUUUCUUCAAGACGAAGUCUUUAUAUUGUGAGGUAGAUUACUUAUUGGUUUCUUCAGAUUACUGAUUACCAUAUCAGCUUGAAAUUUACUGGACUAUACUUUAUGCGUAACAGAUUAAGAUAUUCCUUUAUAUACAGUUGCAGUACUGAUCACUUCUGUUGUACUCUAUGUAGUUGGAUGAAAACAGUAACAGACAUGGUGGAGAAUUGGUUGGUGAAGUUCUAAAGGUAAGUGAUGAUUAUUAUAGUAGGUUGUGAUAAUCACAAGCCCUGGUGAUGUUGUACAUCCCAACUACCAGGGUUCAUACAUGCAGAUUUGUAAAAAGUCAACUUUUAAGAUCCUAAGAAGAAAAGGUGACAAAAAUGCAGACACUUUGGGCAAGGGUUAUACAAAGAUUGCAAGCAGUCUCUCCUGUUUGGCAAAGUCUGUUAGGGAGUCCAAAAAAAGGAGUUGAAAAAAGUCAGCAAAAAAAAGCAAAACAGCAAAAAAUAAUAGUGUGCUGCAUGGAACUCGUGUUAACAUCAAUUUUUUUUGUUCACUGAUUUUUUUUUAUUUGCAUGAAGAACAAGAUGUAGUCUUGGGUUACAGUUUGAAUAUAUCUCCUUUUUAUCUUUUUUACAUAGUGAAGUUGUAGGGUAUGUAAUACCUAGGCCAGCAUAAAAUAACCUGUGGUGAUACACAGACAUAAAUCUAUAACCUGGACAUCACUUUUGAAAAUUCAUAUCUGAGGUUGAAGGAAACAGGACUUCUUUGUAUUACAACAAAAUAGUUUAUUGGAUUUGAUAAGUAAAAACUGAAUUGAUUGAUAACUUAUUUGAUACUUUCAAAGUCAUUUAUAACAGCUUUAGUUACCUGUAGAUGAGUUGAAAAAAUCUAUUCACUAACAGUUAGUUGAUUAUGUUCAGCUAAUGAGAUAUGUUAUUCUGGAUAAAUGUGUAUUUUGUCAACUUUUUUGACAGGCUCAUGGUGUCAAGUAUGUUUUUACACUCUGUGGUGGCCACAUCUCGCCAAUUUUAGUGUCAUGUCAAAAUCUAGGAAUCCGUGUUGUUGACACACGGCAUGAGGUAGGGAGGUUAAAUGGUCAUAUUUUUGCUUGGAACAAUUAGUGACAGAUUACAUGACAUAAGGAAUUCUAGCUAUCUACCAUAAAAUAUAAUGCUAUGAUGGCCCUCAAGUAACACUUUUAAUUUGCCUUCCUUUUGUGAUCAGGUGACAGCUGUGUUUGCAGCAGAUGCAGUUGCCAGGUUAUCAGGAGUUGUUGGUGUGGCUGCUGUUACUGCUGGUCCAGGUAAGUGUAGACUUUGUUUAUCCCAUUAUUGUUGAAAUUUUUUCUGUAAAUUUUUUUUUCUUUAAAAUUGGGAAGUGAAAUCUGUAGAAAAAAAAUGGAGUGCCACAUGUCUCUUCACUUUCUGUCUUGGAUCCUUCUUACUCUCUCUUUGAUCAAAGGGUACUUUCCGUGCCUUUUGAACAAAGACCAAACAUAGCCGAUAUUUCAGUCCAAAGGUAUGUUUUGGCAAAUGGAUUAUUUUAUAUCUAUUUUUUUUUUGUCAUAUCAGGUCUAACAAAUACAGUGACAGCUGUAAAGAAUGCACAAAUGGCAGAGUCUCCUGUGCUGUUGUUAGGUGGAGCUGCUGCUACACUUCUAAAGGUCUGUACUUUGUUUGAAAUGAUAACUUUAGAUUUCUCUCUUGUGUAAGAGAGCUUCAUAAGCCAAUAGGCUCAUCUUGUCAUAGUUUAUUACUGUUUCUGUCAUUAGCCUGAAGUGACAAGGGAUAUUUGUUACACCCUCUCCUGGAAGGAAUAGCAGUCACCUAGCUACCUCAAAAAAUUUGGUGAAUGACUGUCUUGUUUGAGAGAGAGCUUAUAUGGCAGAGGGCUCAUCUUGUCAGGGUUUAUCUCUCAGUUUCAGCCACCUGAAUAGACGAGGAAUAUUAAAAACCCCCCUCCAAAUCAGGGUUGCAGUCACAUGAUUACGCUCUAGGUACUUGUUCAUACUUCUUGUUUUCUAGAGGGUUGAAAAUUCUCAGUUCUUAUACAGGGUUUAGUUAAUUUGCUUUAAAUUUAGUUCUUUAUAGUAGUCUAAUAGUAAUUAUUAUCGCUUCUUCUUAUUGAAUUAUUUCUUUUAGGGACGUGGAGCUCUACAAGAUAUUGAUCAGAUGAGUUUGUUCAAGUCUUUGUGCAAGUACUGUGCUACAGUUACAAGGUAAUUGAUUGUUAAUAUAUGAUUUUCAUUUAUAUACAGUCAUUUAUUCAUCACCUCAGGUGUUUAUUACAAACCAACAUAAUGACCAGCUCCUAACUGGCUUGUCAGCUUAGUUGGUAGAGCACCGCACCAGUAUCGCAGAGGUCAUGGGUUCAAAUCCCGUACAGACCUGAAUUUUUUUCAAGCCUUAUUUUCACUACUGUUUAAGUAGUGUAAGACAUUCUUCUUUAGCCCAGACAGAGGAGGAUAGAUAUCCUUGGGUAUCUGUGCAAACUAUUCUUACAUGUAGCUCUGGCCAGAUGGGUUAUUAAGCUCAUAAUUCCCUGCUUUUCAUUUUUGAUAUCACUAAUUGAAAUGUCUGCAAUAAUUUUUGGCUAUAGGGUAGCAGACAUUGUUCCAAUUCUACAAAAGGCCAUUCAGAUUGCACAGUCUGGAACACCUGGUAAAUGCUGCUAGUGAGAAAGACUAUUUUAUCCUGAUUAUAGUGAACAGCUGAUAGCAGUUUCUCUACAUAUGAAAAAAUUCCAGUUUAUGCCAACUUUUGGCUGCAUCUAAGGGUAUGAACAGGGUUAGGGUUAGAGAUGUGCUGGAUGUUCUGUAUCCUUGGUGUGGUUUUGCAAACCAUUUUAGAUUACCUUUCUAGUCACCAGGUCGAAGUACGGUUUUCAGUUGAACCUCAUUUGUUCCUAGUACCUUAAGAUAUCCUUGGUCAUUUUGAAACUCAUUUUAAAUAUAUUAGUGCCUGCCUUUUGUGUAAUUACUUGACAAAGUUCAUGUGACAUUUUUCCCCUGAUUUGUAGGUCCUGUGUUUGUGGAGUUCCCCAUUGACACCCUGUAUCCCUAUCCUACAGUCAAGAAAGAGUCUGGACUCAAGGUAUUUAAAUUCUUUUUCAUUUCAAAGGACUUUCAGUGAUCAAAAUUCCACUUUGGGUCCAGUUGUUGAAGGGGCUGAUAAUACCGUCCAACUGAUAAAUCACUAUCCAGCAGAUCAGAAUAAGUUUUAACCCUUUAACUCCCAAGAUCUCAUUAGUAAUUCUCCUUACUGUCUGCCAUAAAGUUCUUGUGAUGCUAGUUUGGAGAAUUUGGUAUUGGAUCAACUUAUAAUCCCCUCACUGACAUUUUUCUUUAUUCUCAUCUUUUGUAUGCUUGAUAUUGUAAGGAGAAAUUCUGUCUUGGUCACUCAUGGCAGUUAAAGGGUUAACAAAAAGGACCACACUAACAGCCAUGCAGGCCCAAGUUGUUCUAAGGUUGGAUAAUGCUAUCCACUGGAUAAAACUCUCUCUGUUAGAUAACAUUAUACGUUUUGCUAUCACUUAUCCACUGGAUAGUGAUCUGUUAGAUAGCAUUAUCCACACUUUUUACAACUUGGUCCAGAUGGAGAUUUAUCCAGCAAAUAGUGUUGUCUACCCUUCAAACAACUGAAUCCAGGGCAAUUAAAUCAAUAGUGCCCGGUAACUUACUAUUAAUAUCUCGUAGAGGAGAUUUUGAGAUAGUGAAGUCAUCUGAGCUACCAGUAGACAUCUUAAAUCAUUUUUCAAAGUAUAUCUAUCCACAUACUGUUAAAUUACCCAUUGAACAAGUUAAAUGGGUAUGUAGUUUUUAUUAUUACCAGUAACAUUACAGCCAACCAAAAUUUCCCAUUACUUUUAGGAAGAAGUCAAGGGAUUUUCUCAGCGCUUAGUUAAUUGGUAAGUUACUUACUAAGUCACAAGGCUUGGGUCACACCCUUGUUAAAGUUAUCUGGGUUUACCUCUUUUUCUGAUCCACCUGCAAUUUUACAUUGGGUGGUAGUGAGAAUUUGCCUCUGUGACCCAGUACCAAGGUUUAUCAGGAAUCAUGGGUAGCCAGCUACCGGCACCUUAUUGACAAUGCUGUGCUGAUAUUUAAAUUUGUGUAUGAUUGUGCUCACUUUCCUAAAGGUAUAUAUCUAACCACCUUCAUGGCUUGUUCGCUGGAGCCUGGGACCCACAACCAAAAGAUCCAUUACCUGUUGAUAUACCAAUGCCUAUUAAGUCACAGGGUAAGUGCCAUUUAGAUUUGACUUGAUUUUAGCCAGUCAUUGUGUGACUGUAUUACGAAUCAGUUACAAUUCUUAUCAACAGAUAUGUGAACUCUCUUCUUUUUAGUUGAUGAAUGUGUGAGACUGGUUUCUAAGUCUACUAGGCCAGUGAUCAUCCUAGGAAGUCAGUCUACAUUGCCUCCAGUCCCAGCUGACAAACUAAGGAAAGCUUUGGAGGUGGGUUGUAAAGGCCUGUUCUGUUUAUCAGCUUUUCAAUUUGUCAGCAGAAUAUCAUAAAGUUAAGAAGAAGUAAUGAUCUUCAAAAUUAAUGAUCUUCUGUAAGCUACAACCUAAAUUGUAGGAAGAUUGCAGAUAUAGGAAGCCUCUGUCUGCUUUGGUCUGAAAAUUGUUUCCUCCCCAAACAUCUAAGUUUAAUCCUUGAGAUUCAAAGUAACAAUUAAGAGUUAAAAUGCUCAACUCUAAAGUAAUUUCGUAGAACUUUUGGGCAAACCCCUUCACUGUGCCAGGCUCCCACCAGUACAUGUACUUUCUUGCAACUGAAAGUUUCCCUCUAAUCUCUUUAUUUUUCAAAAUCUAAGUGCCUUUAGGCCAGCAAUAUUGAAAUUAGCUAUAAAUAAAUACAGCUUUUGAAGACAGGUGUUGGCUGGUGAAAGUCGACAUCUAGAGGUAUUUUCGAUUGUGAUUUUGCUUGGUAAUUCUUACUGAUCAGAAAUAUUCUAGACAAGACCUGAAAUGUUACCGACUACUUCUGGGAAAAAAGCUUUCUAUUUUAUUCUGCAUGAAUAUCACUUAGACCACCUGUUAUAGCUUUAUGUUUCAUGUGUGCUUUAGUUGAUACCAAUUCAUAAUUUGGCAGUAGAUUGGCAAUGACGUGACAACUGAUCUCAUGUUCAAAUUUAUAAUUUGACCUUGGUUUAGCCUGUACAAAUUGCCCUACCUUCAUGUUUGUUAUUGUUGUUGUUGUUGUUUGUUUGUUUGUUUUUGAUAUUGAUUUAUUCUUAUUUUGCUAACAGGAAUUGGGUAUCCCAUGUUUCCUAGGAGGCAUGGCCCGUGGUCUGUUGGGAAGAAAUAGCAAUCUCCAUAUAAGGCAAAGGAGAAGAGAUGCUUUAAAAGAGGCUGAUCUUGUUAUUUUAGCAGGUGAAAUAGUUAACACCUUAUUCAAAAGUAUAGGGUCAAGAUGCAAACAUCUCAUCAAAACCAUUAAGAUGUCCUUUUUGACCAAAAAAUAUUGAAAUGAUGUAGUUUAAAGUUCUUUUUAGUAAUGGAAAAGUCAAGGCCAAAGAAUUAAAGCAAGGUAGAGUGUGGUUCAUUAAGACAGCUUUCAGAAAAAUGAUCCACUUUCUUUUGAACACAGGUACAGUGUGUGACUUUAGGUUGUCAUAUGGUAGAGUAUUGAACAGGAAGUCCAAAAUAAUUGCUGUGAAUAGAAACAAGAGUCAACUUUUUAAGGUGGGUCAUUUUCAUAAGCCUAGUAAAAUUUCAUAAAACAAAUUUUAAAAACUUUAAAGAGGAUCAAUACAGGAUAUUUUGAAUGUUAACUAACUUUAACUAAAAUUCAUCACAUUUUGUUGCUAAUGACAGAAUGGUCUAAGUAAUGAACUGACUUUAAAUCUCUAUCUGCAUGUAGAAUUCAGACAUGUUUUGGAAGCCCUCAGUUGCUGUUCAAGGUGGGGAUUCAGAACUGUUACCAUAAAAAACUUACCAGAUACUAACUUGUAAUGGAAUGCAAAGCUAUUUAAAAACUAUUUAUUAUCGAAAAAUGUCAUGAUGAUUAUUUGUUAGCAUCUAAUCUGCCUGAUAUCAUAUAAAGAUUACACAUUAGAGUGUGUAGUUCUACUCACAGGUGAGAUUUAUAACUAUUACAGCUGCAUUUAUUAAUUUUUGUUCUCCUUGAUUAAGUGAUAGUGAAAUGGUUGCAUCAUAAAAUAACUGAUUACCUUCCCCUGCCCUACUCCACCUCAGAAUUUGCAAUAGAAGUAAUAAUAUCGAGACUACUUUUUGUGACAAGUUCUUGAUUCCCACUUUUCAAGCUGUCGAGGUGUCUUAGCCAAAUGUUAUUUGGUGCUGAUGAUGAUUCCUUUGGUUUCAGGUGAUCCUGCUACCUUGAUGAUUGAACUUUCUAAGGGCCUCAAUGGCUACAUCUGUCCAACUGAUUGGUUGGACAAACUGAAGGAAAGAGACAUUGAUAAAGAGAAAGCAAACAGGUACCUUUCAAUCAUACCAGACUCCAUUACGGAAUAUGUUUUGUGAAAGCAAGUGGCUUUCAGAAAAGUGAAUUAACGGGAAUGCUAUGCAUGCCCUUUGGAUGUUUGCAGAACAUUAAAAAAGAUUUCAUGUUAUUCCCCUACCUCUAGCUUAUGAUGUCAAAUUAUCUCAUGUUUUCCCAUGGUUUAACACAGGUUAUUUAAUGUGAUAAACCAAAAGAAAGUCUUGUCUCUUGCUAAGAAAAGUAUGAGCUCAAAUCUUAGGCAUAAAUAUUUUGCAUAUUAACUAACAAGAUUGCUCUAUGUAAACAACAAUCCAAUUACAAGAUUGCCAGAUGAAAAUUUUACUUAUUACAAUGAAGGAAGCUGAUAAGGACCUCCAAUUCCACAUAGAAUCACAGGAUUUCAUUCCUUUUUUAAAGAGUCUCUGCUGAUGAUUGUUCAUGUUUUUGCCAGUUAUUAACCCUUCAACUCUAAUAGGUGACCAAGACAGAAUUUCUCCUUACAAUAUCAAUACUGAAAAUAUCAUACAGACAAGUGAUAAGAAUAAAGACAAGUAUCAAUUAAGGGUAUCAUUAGUUGAUCCAAGACCAAAUUCUCCAAACUAACAUUACAAAAAUUGUAUGGCAAACAAGCAAAGAGAAUUAAUAGGUAGAUCUUGGAAGUAUAAGAGUUAAGAGUAUUUAUCUUUUUCCUGAACAGUCUGAAGUCACAGGAAUCUCUAAAGCAGCAAUUGAACCCACUGAAGUUGUUGUUCAAUCUGGAGCACAUUAUGUCCAAUGACAGUAUCAUUGUAGCUGAUGGGGGUGACUUUGUAGGCUCUGCUGCUUACAUCCUGAGGUAAAACCUGAUUUACCGUAUUGUUUAGGAAUGUUUUUGUCAUUUUAAUUAAUGUACGAAGAAAAUUUCUUUGAUUCAUAGAGUUAACAACUGAGCAUUUGGAAAAAGUAGUGGAUUACUCAAGGAAAAACCCUUUCCCCAAAGUUUCACUCAUGAAAUUGCUCAAAAGUUACUGUGUAAUGAACAUUUACAUUUGAUUUUUGAGGUGUGGACGGACGUGCAUGUUCUAAAAUUUUUUUCACUGGUUUGAACUUAACUUCAACAACUCUUCACUUUAUAUGGUGUAUGAUUACACUUUUCUCGUGGAUCACAAGCAAAAGAAACCCUUUUUGAGACUCUACAACAAGGGAAUAGUCAUUUUUUUAUAGCUAUUCUUAAUAAUAGGUUAUUUCUGGCAAACAACUGAGUGUAAGUUUACCCAUCCAGUGAUCUCUCAAACAACUGUGUACUGAAAUGAUCUGCAAGCUGUUCUUGUGACAGGUGAUUUGGUGGAAUGAAGAAAAGAGAAGCAUCUCCCCCUCCCUUUCAGUAGUAAAGUUAGAGAAACAGUAACCUUGCUUCCUUAUUUCAGGCCACGAGGUCCAUUGACAUGGCUGGAUCCAGGUGCGUUCGGGACUCUUGGGGUGGGUGGUGGCUUUGCCCUGGGGGCCAAGCUCUGCCGACCAGAUUCAGAGGUCUGGAUUAUUUAUGGAGAUGGUUCUCUGGGUUACAGUGUAGCAGAGUUUGAUACUUUUACAAGGCACAAGGUUGGUUUGUUUUGUUCUAUUCAUUUGUUUCCACAGAAUUUAACAGCAAUGUGCUGAUUUGGACCUGAUAAAACAUGGUAAAGACAGGUCCAACCAACUGGAGCUUUUAUGUAGCAAAAUGUCUUUGAGAAGUUCAUGUUGUUUCUUUGACCUCUCCUGCUAACCAUGACAAAAUGCAGAGCAUAUCCCCUGUGAUUUGGUGUCCUUGUCUGGGAAAAUGAAGAAAUCAAACCAUUUGCAGAUGUGUUUGCAAGAAAUCACUGACAAUCUCCUCAAUUACUGAAAGCUUUCAAUGAAAAUCCAAUUUUGGCCUUAACUGUCACUCAUUGCACAGGCAGUCUAAAUGUGGCUUACCAGGUAGUAGUGAAUGCUCAAAAAACUAAGUAGUUAAUUCUUCUCAGUAUAAUUAUUAAGGGUCUUUUCUUACAAUUAACCCUAGCUUGUGAUAAAUAUUGUUCUCUUGUUAAAUUCUCAGACUCCUGUCAUUGCUCUGGUUGGUAACGAUGCAUGUUGGUCACAGAUUGCUCGGGAGCAAGUACCAAUGUUUGGUUCGAGUAUAGGAUGUGACCUGGAGGUAAGAAAAAGCUUGAGUCCAUAGUCAAAGUUAGCAUUGGGAUUUGUUGAGAACAUGCCACUACCACUAGUCACUACCAUCUUAACCCAUGACCACUAAGGAGUGACCAGCAUCUACUGUAGUAAGUUUUCCCUUUACUUGCACAACUGAAUCAAACACCAAGGUCAUGAGUGUGAUGGAAAUGAUAAUCAACUGAAGAAACUCUUGAUUGUUAGGCAAAUCCUUCUCGUCAGUACUUCAGGAAGCUUAUUGAGAACAGUAUGGAGAAUAUACAUACUGUGAGGGUGUAAUAAUGUAAUUCUUUUGAUGUCUCGACAGUUCACAGACUAUCACAAAGUAGCUGAGGGAUAUGGAGGAAAAGGGUUUCUUCUCAGUAAUCCAUCCACUGAAGAGAUUGACAAAACACUCUCCCAAGCACAAGAAGUAGCCAGGGAUGGCACUGCUGUACUGAUUAAUGCUCUGAUUGGGAAAACUGACUUCAGAGAGGGAUCCAUUUCAGUAUGACAUAUUUCACUAUGUCUUCUGGACAAUUUUACAUGAGAAGUAAUUAUCUAAUUAGACAAAAAAAUUAGAUCUUUGUUGAGCUUUAGAUUGUACUUUGUAGUGAUUAAGGGGUUUUGUAACACAUGUGGGAUGUUAGGAGAACAAGAGAAAAACUUAUAAACCUCUUCAUUAAGAGUUUCACUGACAUCUCAAUUAGAUUAUUAGACACAUUAACAAACAGAAAAUGUGGUCAAUUGCUUUCAAAAAAUAGCUUUGGGUCUAUCAAUCAAAUAGAUGAUAGUUUUUUGAGCAAUCAGAGUGGGCACAGUCUCAGCUAAUUAACAAUAACAGUUGAAGAUAGAAGAAAUAUUCACAAAUAGUCGUUCUUGCACAUAUUUAAUUUAGUACUUAAAUAAUUCAGUAUAAAAUGUUUAUUUAGUAGUCAAGAAUAAUCUUUUUCUGGACAAUGAAUUUAGUUUGGUUUCAAAAAGUGGUUGGUCAAGUUACUGAAACAGAAGUGACAGAAUUUUCAGUUUUAAUGAGAUUGCUGUACAAUCACUGUGAAAUUUUUUAGUUUAACAGAUUGUAUGUGUAAUUUGUGUCUUAAAUUGUCCCAGGCUAGGACUCAACUGAUUGAGAAAUAAUCUAAAGCUCACAAUUUGAACUACCUUCAGCUCAGAAAAACAACAAUGGAGUGAGAAAUUCAUUUUACUAACAUUGUGUGCCUUUUUUAAAUUCUAUUUUACACUGCAAAAUGCUUCACCAGAGCACCCUCAGAAAUUAGCGUUAGUGUAAUUCAUGGUUCUGUGAAAAACCCCUUGUAGGUAAUUUGGUUAAAGUC